CAGGCAGGGAGGGUUGGCCGGCUGCUCGGGGCUGGUGGCUGGCGAAGCUGCGGCUCAGCGGGCGGCGCGCGUGUCUCCGGCGCUCUCGAUGGCUGCUCGGCCCUUGCCCGCGGACCUGCUCACCCGGCAGCCUCUCCUCCUCGGCCAGGUGGAGGGCGCUCAGGACGUGGUGAGCAUGGCCGCCAUCGUGCCCAAGGAAGAGGGGCUCAUCAGCGUCUCGGAGGACAGAACGGUUCGUGUAUGGCUGAAGAGAGACAAUGGUCAGUAUUGGCCUAGCAUAUAUCAUACAAUGCCAUCUCCAUGUUCGUGCAUGUGCAUUAAUCCGGAAACAAGAAGGCUGUCCGUAGGUCUAGACAAUGGUACAAUUUCAGAAUUUAUUUUAUCAGAAGAUUACAACAAGAUGACACCAGUUAAAAGUUACCAGGCUCACCAGAGCAGGGUUUUGAUGGUUCUGUUUGUUCUGGAAAUGGAAUGGUUGCUGAGCAUUGGUCAGGAUAAGCUCUUCACAUGGCAUUGCUCAGAGAGCGGACAGCGGCUUGGCACCUACCGCGUCAGCGGAGGCCCCUGUGGGCUGCAAUUUGACGUGGACACGCGGCAUGUUUUUAUUGGUGAUCAUUCUGGACAAGUGACCAUCCUUAAACUUGAGGAAGAAAACUGCAGCCUCAUCACAACGUUUAGGGGACAUACAGGUGGAAUCACUGCCCUCUGUUGGGAUCCUGUGCAGCGUGUCUUGUUUUCGGGCAGUUCUGACCAUUCGAUUAUCAUGUGGGACAUUGGAGGAAGAAAAGGGACAGCCAUAGAAUUGCAAGGUCACAAUGAUAAAAUUCAGUCACUCUCCUAUGUCCAUCACACGCGGCAGCUUAUCUCUUGCGGAGCAGAUGGAGGGAUUGUUGUCUGGAAUAUGGAUGUUGAGAGGCAGGAGACACCUGAAUGGUUAGACAGCGACUCCUGUCAAAAGUGCGACCAGCCUUUCUUCUGGAACUUCAAACAGAUGUGGGAUAGCAAGAAAAUAGGCCUAAGACAGCAUCAUUGCCGAAAGUGUGGGAAAGCAGUCUGUGGCAAAUGCAGUUCGAAGCGUUCUUCCAUACCGCUCAUGGGCUUUGAAUUUGAAGUGAGAGUCUGCGACAGUUGUUAUGAGUCAAUAACGGAUGAAGAGCGUGCUCCCACAGCCAUUUUCCACGACAGCAAGCACAACGUCACCCAUGUACACUUUGAUGCAACCCGAGUGUGGUUGUUGACCUCUGGGGCAGACAGGAUUGUUAAGUUGUGGGAUAUGACGCCUGUGGUAUCUUGAUAUGUCAGUGAAACUUAAAACAACUGAGGAAGGGAUAACUAACACAGAAUCUCCUGCAGAAGAUAAUGCAGUUCUCUGUGAUGGCUGAUAAGGGAGAACUUUCAAUACCUCUGGACGGUUACCCAAGUGAUCUUUUGGAACCAGCAUGAACUCUUGCACAAAAAUACUCUACUUCUCUUUGUUCUCAAACGACAGAAGGUGGUUGUUUUUUUAAAAAACAAAACUGUACAAUCUGGCGCCGUUCCGCUGUUUGGAAUUUGUCUGGGAAAUGUGUGCGGUGCAGUUUUUAUAGUCUUCGUGUUCUACGUUGACCCGUGAGGUCCGGUGUGGAGGAGUCUGUCGCGAUACGAGAGCCGUCUUCUGCAACUUAGCCCGAAGAGGCUUGAUCUCCUCUUCUGAGAUGAGGCGGGGAAAGCAAAGAAUUCCUCUUUUCUGUGUUUUGUGAUGGAGUGCUGUUGAACAGACAUUUGAAUCGAGAGCUCUGCCAUGGAAGAUCUGGGCACUGUGGCCACUAAGCAGCUCUUGUUUAACGGGGGGGGGGAGGCAUCGUUUGUAAUUGCAUUCUAGUAAAUGGUACUGAGGGGGGGGGGGGAAAGAGAUGCGGAGAAAGUCCUGUGUUUUCUAUCACAGAGCGAAGAGUAAUCCUUGUUUUAGCAAGCGAUCUCAGAAUGGCUAUACUAGCUGCCUAGCCUCCAAACAUCGCCAGUAAACCCACUCAAAGCAGUGAUUUUAAAUAGCUGCAGGUAGCUCUCCUGUGUGGGGAGUGGCAUGCGGUUUACAGGUGGGCCAGCGAUGGGGAUUUGGCUAGAACUGGUGUUCUUGGGGCAUGGUUGGAGGACUUGAACUGUUCCGUUCCUGUUGCCUCUCUGGCAGGGCAUGCGGGUGUGUGUUUCUUUUAAUGGCUGGUGGUUGUAAAUUGUUUUUAAUUCUCAAUGUAAUCCCCGGAUUGAAUG